CGGGGGCCGGUCGUGGUGCGCGGAGGGGCGGUGCCGGCCAUUGGCCCCGAGCUCGCCGCCGCCGCCACGGAGAAUGGAGGCGCCGGCGCUGCGGGGCUUCCCCGAGGAGCAGUUUCGGGCCGCCUGCCGGGAGCUGGACCAGCCGGCGCCGGCGGCGGGGGGGCCCUGGCAGCUCCUGGUGGAGAGCAUGGGCGUGAGGAUCUACCGGCUGCACGACGAGCAAUCAGGACUUUAUGAAUAUAAAAUCUUUGGUGGUCUUGCUGACUGCUCCCCAAAAUUGUGUGUGGAUGUCUAUAUGGACUUGGAUUUCAGAAAGCAGUGGGAUCAGUAUGUUAAAGAACUGCAUGAGAAAACAUAUGAUGGUGAAAACAUAAUCUACUGGGAAGUGAAGUACCCUUUCCCCCUCUCAAACAGAGAUUAUGUCUAUAUCCGUGAAUGCCGAGAGAUGGAUGUUGCUGGGCGGAAGGUCUGGGUUGUGUUAGCUCGGAGUGUGUCUGUUCCUCAGUGCCCUGAGAAGCCCGGUAUAAUCAGAGUUAAAAACUACAAACAAAGCCUAGCAAUUGAAAGUGAUGGCAAGACUGGAUCAAAAGUGUAUAUGUACUAUUUUGAUAAUCCUGGUGGCAUGAUUCCAUCAUGGCUGGUCAAUUGGGCUGCCAAGAGUGGUGUGCCUGCUUUCUUGAAGGAUAUACAGAAAGCUUGCCAUAAUUAUUCUAAGAGCACGUAGGUCAAAGUUGAUCUCAAUUGCUUAAUUCCUAGAGCUCUGCACUUUCAGGAGUGGCUAUGAUAUAUUACACUGGAUAAAAUCUACCUCUAAUAUUGGAAAGAAUUUUAUUAUAGUUGGUUUAUGCCUUGGAUUUGAUUAGAUCUUUGUUUCUAUCUCCAACUGAAGAGCUAGCCACUAACGAGGUAACAGCAGCAUCAGCUGCAUCCUUUGGAAAGAACGUAAGUUGAGCCUUGUCCCUCAUGCUUUGCUUCUGCUGAUUGUCAUGUGACAGCCAGAAGAGUUCUGUUGUCUCAAAUAUUGCAUCCUUGGACAAGAGACAACGAUCUUGCAAGGAGAAACAUCUGAACUUCGGCUGAAAAUUCUCUGCAUGUCUUACGCCUGGAUCUGCCUUCAUGGCCUUGCAGGGUGGUUGCCUACUGAAAAUGGGUAAUGGAACUUGGCAUUGCUUAGGAGGAAACACUUUCGCUGCUCAAGUUUUUAAUUCUUAAACUUAAACGUAUAAAUU